AUGGGUCCUCCGAGAACGACAUCCCAUCUUGCCAGGGUUGUCGGCGCCGGAAGCUCCGCUGCUCGCGCGACCAGCCGACAUGUUCUCACUGCAAGCGAUUGGAAGAACAAGCCUGGAAUUAAGCCUGGAGCGGUUGAGAGUUUGAACCGAAGAGUAGAGGUAUUGGAGAAUGCUCUGUUGAACAAAUCAGAGCAAGGAUUGCAGUUUCCGACCUCCAGCGGAAGUGGAGAUUCGAGCAGCGGGCCUACCGAGUCUCAGAAUGUUGUCGGCAUUUUGUCUUUGCUGGCUCGUGAGUUGCACAAGCUCAAUUCUAAGACCAAAGUAGGCUCUCAAGCAGGAAGUCCCGAUGGCAUUGGCGAGCAUGCGGUGCUGUCCCCGACAACCUCCAGUUCGUCCCGAAGGUACACGGUUGAUGGGCUGGAGAUAGUGUCUCACCCUCACAACCAGCCACGGAAAAGAAGACGCGUUGACAGCUGCGGCAAUCCCAACAUCGAUCUCGCGUUUCCCCUCGAAGACCUCGAGAAUAUUACCACAAGUUUGCCGUCACCAGAGCUCCUGGAAGAUAUCAUCAACAUUCAUUUCAACAUCAUUCAGCCAUGGAUUCCAAUCCUGCAUGAGACACAAUUUAGACGACGAGUUCACGACCCAGAACAACUUCCACGAUUGGUUGUUGUCCUGCACGCGAUGGUGGUUGGUGCUCUUCGGUUCGUUGACAACCCUGAGACCCGCCUCUCGGCGCAAGAAGUUGAGCGCCGCACUUCAAGGUCCAGGAGCAUCGUGGUACUCAACGCAAUGGACCAUCUUUCAGUGGAAAAUCUUCAAGCACUUAUAAUAAUUGCCUUCUGUGAUAUCGGUAACGGCGAUGCAUCCAAGGCAUGGUCCAUCGUGGGGUCCUUAACAAGAACAGUCGAGUACCUCCAGUUGAGCAUCGAGUCGGACCAUCGCGAAAAAGAGCCUCUGUUGAAGCCAUUGCCCUCGAUAGAUCCGCCACAAAACUGGACCGAAGAGGAGGAAAGACGCAGAGUCUUUUGGAAUAUUUUCAACUUGGACAGAUUUUGUUCAGUCACCACAGGAUGGAACACGAGCUUGACCUCCGACGAUGUUCACCGCAGACUGCCUGCAGAUGGGGGCCUUUGGCACAAGGAAGAGUCGGUGAUUACCCCGUAUUUUGGCAUUUGGGAUCGGUCGGCUGCAAAGAUCGGCAACUCCAUCGCUUUCUUGCCAGCACACUAUCCCAGCCCGGAGCAGACAGUCGAUGCGCCGCCGCAAACGCCAGUGUCUGUGAACCCAAACAAGGGGCCUAACACUGUCGAUAUGACUACUGUUGGCGCCUUUGCUUACUGUAUUGAGGCAACCGAGUCGUUGAGCCGAGUCACGACCUACUUCCUCCAGCAGAAGAUCAACUUUCAGGACCGUCAAGAAGUUAGCAGCUGGCUCACACGGUUCAAGGAGUUGGACCUUCGUCUUGUUCAUUGGAAGAUGUUUCUGCCUCAGAAAUGGAAGGACUCCAAUAUCUCUAGGCAACCAGCCCUUAUCAACAUGGAUCCUAACUUGACCUUGGCGCACGUCACCCACAACACAUCAAUGAUCCUACUUCACCAGCGCAUAGCGUAUCCAGAGUCUCGUUGGUCGAAUAUUGUGAAGCUUCCUAGCUUUUGCAGUGCGGAAACUUGCCAGAUUGCUGCAGUUGAGACUGCAACUAUCACCCAGAAGUACCUCAAAUACACACCCGAGAACAGCCCGGCAACCAGCCAGUUCGCGUUUUGCGUUUUCAUCAGUGCAAGGGUUCUGCUAGUGCAUUGGCGUUAUUAUGAUGCGGACCUCGUCCCGGAAUUCUGGCUGCUCGUUGAAGGGCUGGAGGAAAUGGCCAAGCGUUGGGUCGGGCCGAUUCUUCGGGAGAAGCAUGCCUUGUGUCUUGCCGGCAAGUAUGCCGCUCAGCUACGGGACCUUCAUCACAAGUGCGAGACGGACUCCCAGUUCACAGUAGAUGUUCUAGGCUACUCCAGCGGUAUCAGCGGCCAAGGUUGCAGUCCAUCUGCCCAGACGCCAGGAUUCAGCCACCAUCAGGGAAACGCGCUCUUCUCACAACCAUCAAAGGCGGCUCAGCCCCCUUCAUCGAGCCCCUUGGCACCUCACCAAGCGUCUACCGCAUCGCAACCGAGACCGCCCCCAAUCUUUCCGACUCAGCAGUCACCAAACCAGCUUCGCCAAGGGUCCAUGAUUGGGCCAAUGGCUUCGCCGCUUAAUAUCACUGGAUUCACUCCUCGUGACUCGGACGCGCCCGAUGAGCUUUCCGCCAUCUCGCAUAUGCUGAUGGAUCAGAGAUUCAUGGAGAUGGAUAGAAUCAUCAGUUUCGAUGACAUGAUGUUUACAGCGCAAACCGCGAACCCAGGACAGUCCGGUAUGUCAUAA